UGCGGUGCGUAGGUGCAUCCGUUCGUUUCGUUUCGUUGGUGGUAGGUGGAAGUGGAGUAUUCUGUAGGGUAGAGUGCUUUCCCCGGGGGCAUGGUGAGUGAAAUAGUGUUUUGAGAAGCGCUGAACUUUAUCCAUUCUUACCUCUUACUUACCUCUUACCUACCUUAAGAUUACCGGAUUAAGGAUUUAAGGAAAUUUACUUUCUUCUCGUCUCUUCUCCUCUCAUCUCAUCUCACUUCCUCUCAUCCCAUCCUUCCAUCCUUCAUCCAAGACUCAAAAUCGAGAUUAGAUGAGCAUCUACCUAUCUAUCAUCUGAAAAAUCUUCAAAAGGAGGAAAAACCAUCAGACGAAAGUUCCAAAUUCCCGUAUUCCACUACUCUAUCAUAGACAUCUACACAUUUACGCAUUACGACGAGACGAAAAGGUUAGAAGAUUAGAUCUAUUAUAGAGCGGGGUUUGAACUUUGGAGGUGCACUUUUUGCUCGCUUUUGUUUGAGUAUACUUGAGGUGUUUACGUUUCGAUACGUUAGCUGUGCUGUAUUUCUUUGGUGGUUUGCUUUGGGUUGAUUUUUGCUCCGCGUUGAGAUUUGAGGUUUGAAGUUUGAGGAACCGGGUUGUGGUGUUUAGGUUGAUAGAGUUGAUUGAGAACGGAAGAGAAUUCAAGGGUCGAAAGUUUGAAAUUGGAUAAUAUGGCUGAUCCGAGGGAUGUUGAGUAUGAAGAGGAGGAAGCAACCAUUGAUGACCAACUCCUCCAUGCCAUAAUACGCGGCUCGAUUGGCACCUUCAACGAAGUCUUGGAACGAUUCGAUAGUCCAGCAGCUGCCGUGGAAUAUCUGAACACACAUCCUUUAGCAUUUUGGGAUGGGGAUCGAACAAUUGGGGAACAGGCUAAAAACGUAGCUGCUCAUGUUGCUGCCUCACUUGGACAAGGUAAGAUACUUCUUACAUCUGCUCUCAACUUUCUGAUUCCAUAUCCCAAGAUGGGAAGCAAGAUGCAAAUUUGCUAACAUUAGAAUUCCCAUCUAGACAGGAUCAUGGACGAGCUCCUCGAACAAGAAGGGUUUGAAUGCGACCCCAUCAACAGCAAUGGUGACACACCUCUUCACUGUGUCGUCAAAUGGAUCAACAGAGAAGGCCGGAUCAACAGAGUGGGAAGAAAUGCCUGGGACGAUGGUCUUGAAAUGGUCAAGAUGAUGCUCCGCGAUGGCAGCGACCCUCGAAUCCGCAACAAUGAUGGCUUCAGAGCCGAGGAUUUGGUCAAUCCCGAUAACACUGAAUUAAAGAGAGUUUUUGCCGAUUUCGAUUAUGAUAUGGGGACGGAUCGAGAUGAGGGAGAAGAGGCUGCUCCUGAGAAGAAUGGAUUUGAUCCUGCCGAUUUGGUGAAUGAUGACGAAGAGGAUGUUAGGAGUGUGUAUAGUGGAAGUGACAGUGAAGAGGAGGAGGAGUGGAAGAGACGCGUGGCCGAGAAGUCUGCAAAAUCUGCUUAGUUUUAAUUUCCUGUCAUGUCUUCUCUUUACUCUUAUACUUCGGAAUUGGGAGUACAGAUACGAACGCGAUGCUAGGGUGCCAUUGUGUUGAGCAUAGAAUAUGAGAUGAUUGAAAUACAUUUAGCUUCAAUUUGUGUGGAGCGGGCUAGCUUUAGAUUAUUGCAUUCUAUUAUUGUAUUAUACACAGUCGUCUAAUCU